CGAACCGGACAAACCUUAACAGGACACGUUGAACCCGCGCAACUCCACGACAGCAACUUUUAAAUCUGCGGAAAUACCAGCACAGGCCGCAGCACGGCAGCGUUUUCACACGUUCACCGUCUCAUGUGUGGUUUACUCGUUGAUGCAAGGAGAAAGUUGUGGACAUGUUUUCCUGGAAGUGCACGGUUUCACGGAUACAGUGUGCAACAUUGUAACUACGGCGUUAAAAAGCCUUUGCUGCUCCUCCGGACUUUGGUGUAUCUUUCCGUGGGAUUGCUAAGUCGCCUGUUCGCCAUAUUGCGCGCAGCGAAACUCGAUGGAAAGUUGUCAGAGUUAUGACAUUUGCUGCGCCCAAUCCCUUCAUGGAGCUGCAUGCAGUCGACUUUGAUCGAAACCAAAGUGACUUCAUGGAGCUGAUCAUGGAGACUUCUGUGCACAAUUGAAAAGGUCUGGCUCCCUGAAGAGUAUGAGAAGAAUGGACCUCAGAUUUGAUUUCUGAAGGAGGGUUACAUUUCCCUUGCACUUUCCUUUGGGAUUUAUGUUUCCUUCUAGAUACCUCUGUAUACACAAAUAAAGAAUUUCUUGAUCGCAGGCAAUUGAAAGCACACUACAGAGGCACUAAUCAAGUUUUGCACGUUUAAAAAUCCAGACUAAGGGCUUUGACUUCUGUUUUUUUUUAACCAUAAUAUAUUAGUAUGAGUCUUCCUUCUCAAGUUAAUACUGACAAAAGUAAGCAUCAGACUGCAGCUAUGAAAGAGGCUGUGCAGCAUUCAGGGGAAGUUUAUUAUGGUAUGGGACCUCCAGCUUUAAAGUCAGGCCACAGUGACUCUGCCAGCACCUCCGGUGUUUAUAACCCAGAGAAAGGGCCUCAAAGUCUACCGCAUUAUCAACAACAGGCUUCCCAAGUGAAAUGGAUGCAGGACUCCAUACAGGCGCCCAGCUGGUCCCAGGAAGCUCCAGUCUGGGAACAGAGCUUUGGCUCUUAUGUGAGUGGGGUAAACGUCAGGAGUCAGAUGCCCUUCCCAAAAGGAGUUCAUGAAGGUGUAGCUAUGUCAAUGGGAGGAGAAAACCAGCUUCCAGCUCCUGUGGAAGUUUACAGAGAUGCCACCCAGGCUCAAGCUCAAGGGAGGGGGCUUGAGUGGGAGCAACAUGCUGCCACUGCAAUGCAUCAGGCUAAACUACAAGCUUAUCAACAUGGCGUGGAGCUCCAGGGCCAGCCAAAUGUGCAAUCCCAUGCCUUGCCAAGACCCAUGUUGCAGACCUUCCAGCCAUCAUUCAGACCCAGCAAGCAACAGUUUCCAUCUGGAUAUUACUCUGUUUUCCCAGGGAAUAAGCCAAUGCCAAAUCUGGGUUAUGGUGAGCAGCCUAAAUCACAGCAGCAACUUCUGCACCAGAUGCAGCAGCAGCAACAAAUGCAUCAUCACCAACAGCAGCAGCAGCAACAACAGCUGCAUCAACAGCAUCAUAUUCAAAUGCAACAGCAGCAGCAACAUUUGCAGCAACAGCAAAUCCAACAGCAUCAAAUGCAGCAGCAACAGCUGCAGAUGCAGCAACAAUAUCACCAGCAACAACUACAGGAGCGACAACAACAAAUUCAGCAAAUCCAGCAGCAACAGCAGUUGCAGCUACAAAAUGUGCCACAGCAAGAAACAACACAACCACAGGGGCAGCGAAAACAACAACAGCAAACCCAAAACGUGGGAUCUUAUCAGCCUCCUGAGCCUCGUCCACCUGACACCAGGGCUAACAAAGAAGACCUCCGAUUAGAGGAGUUGGAGCUGCAACCAGAAGUUCAAACCUGCGAUUCAUCAGCUGUAUCUGAUCCAUGCCCUGAUAAGGUUACCACAAACCCAACAGACGGCGCACCAGCAGCCCCUCGGCGCUCGCGUCGCCUUUCUAGAGAGGGUCAGUCUCCUUUGAGUCCCCCUUCAACAAAUAUCUGGUCUCAAGCUUCCAAAGAGCCACCACCUUCUCAAAAUGGAGUUUCAGGAGUGCCAGCUGCAAGAGGAGGAGAAAGCCAAGCGCCAACAGGAGGGGUCAUCCAGGUCACGCGCAGGAGAAGAAGAGCUUCGAAGGAGAUCAACUUGGAGACUCUUGCCCAGAAGGCAUCAGAAAUGGAGUCUCUGCCUGCUAAAACUGUCAAGCAGGAGGACAAUCCCUCUGGCAGACAAGCCACCAUAGUGCCUCUGGUCAUCCCCGUGUCGGUGCCCGUGCACAAGAGCCAGGCAGAUCCCCAGGGCGGCUGGGUGCAGGGACGUCUCAGCCAGGCUGAGCGGCACGCAGGACAGUCGGACCGCAAACCUUCUGUCAUCGUGGCUCGUCGGCGAUCGCUCCGUAACACCGCGACAGAGACUUUUGGCCAGGAUGAGGAACAUGAUUCAGGACUGGGUGAAGAUGGAAAAGUUAAAUUUAAGCGUCGGCCUCGUCCCGAGCCGCUUAUCAUUCCUUCUCCCAAAGCAUCUACCUUCAUCCCUCCAUCCGUCUAUCCCAGCAUUACUUCUUACCAGAGCAACCUUCGCUCUCCAGUUCGCUUGCCAGACAACCCUCAUGCUCUGCCUCCAUACACUCCUCCACCCAUCCUGUCUCCUGUACGAACGGGCACGGGGCUUUACUUCUCCACCUUCCUCACCAAUAUUGCUGUAAGCAACCAAAUCCUGCCACCUCCAGCCACGCCAAAGUCUGCAACACGUAGCUUGUUGCAUUCCUCGACUUCAGAGGUUACUCCUCCAGUCUUGCCUUUGAUCGCUGAUGCUGCACCUGUGAGCCUUGAACCGCGUAUCAACAUCGGGCAGCAAUACCAGGCAGAAAUUCCAGAUUUACAAGAUCCACUUUCCUCCCAGUUUGACCAGCACAAAGCCAACUUGGUUUGGCUUCCGUUGGAUGAUUCCAGCCUGAAAUGUGGCAACCAGGAGAGCAUGGGGGACUUGAUGAAUGUGGCAUGUUCAAGCGUUUUCAGUGGAGGAGGAACCAAUCAGGAGCUGGUUUUACACUGUUUACAUGAAUGUGGAGGCAAUUUCCUUGAAACACUGGAACGUUUGAUGCUUCAAGACCCUAUUUUCCACAAAGACCAUCACCUGGCAAAUUAUCACUACUCAGGCUCUGACAGCUGGACUGUAGAAGAGAAGAAUUACUUCAAUAAGGGGAUUUCUGCCUACAGGAAGGAUUUCUUCAUGGUGCAGAAACUGGUGCAGACUAAGACUGUAGCUCAAUGUGUGGAGUUCUACUAUACAUACAAGAAGCAGGUGAAGAUCGGUCGCAAUGGCAUCUUAACCUUCGGCCCUCCAGAUUCACCCCUGGAAAAGCAAGCGGAGGCUGUGGUGGACAUAAAGAGCUCACAUCAGUCAAAAUACGCUCACAGCGAGGCCAAUGAAGGUGAAAAAAAAACUGUUUCUUUUUGCGAGAGCUAUGACAGCAUCCAGCAAGCUAGCGUUGUUCGGUCACUACAGGUUCACGACUAUGCAGGGAAAGAUCUGGUCCCGGACACUGUGAAUAAGGAGGUUUAUCACUCAUCAGUACCUCACAGGCCUCGGGCCGAACCUGCAGUGAAGAAGAGCAAAGCGCCAAUGAAGCCACCGCAGGACCCCGAUGCUGUGUUUCCAUGCAAAAAAUGUAACAGGGUGUUUUAUAAAGUGAAGAGUCGAAGUGCCCACAUGAAGAGUCAUGCCGAGCAAGAGAAGAAGGCUGCAGCGCUGCGUCAGAAAGAAGAGGAGGAGCGAGCGGCUCGAGCCAGGAAGGUGGCGGCAGCGGCGGCGGCGGCAGCUGCUGCCGCGGCUCAUCAGGCUGGAAACGGUAACGGAGUGAAGCAGCAGGCGGAGAUCAGCAGCCAAGAAGACUCAUCUGAAGGCGAGGAUGAUGACGAUGAAGACUGGCACUGAGCAGCAAGAAAACCAGGAGAAAAACUAAUGAGGAGAUGGGAAGCAGAGAUAACGAACAAAGUGAGGAGUAAGGGGGUUGAAAAUGAUGCAAGGAGAGUAAGCACAAGACGAAGGAUUUUCAAGUCUUCCUGUUAAUCUGCACACUGCUCUCCUGACCAAAACUGUCUCUGGUUGACCAUUAUUUAGCUUUACACCAUCAAACUGGCAGUCACACUCCACAUUUUCCCAAAUGUACCAUUAAGAUUCAUAUUUUUCUAAAUGCACUUAAACUGUAUCAUCCUGCUUUUGCCAAUAUUGCCUUUUUAUAGCCUUUAUUUAAUUGAAAAUAUGCCAGAUUAUUUUACAUUUUCCUUAAGAUUUCUCUUAUGCAGUAAAAUAAGGUCAUAUUUGACCUUUACAGUAGAUACAAUUUUUAAUGAAAUUGUAAAGCAUGUAUCUAAAAAAAACUCCAGUUUGUUAAAUUUAGCAGAUUUUGUUCAGUGUUAGUUUUUUUUUUUUUAAUUUUACAAUUUUUACAAAGGACCUUUUGAAAUGAAUAUGUACAAAAAUAAGUAUAUUUGAGAUUGCCAUAUAUUUAUGAUACAUCACUUGCAAUGAUUUUGGUAAUAUAAAGAAUAAUCAUGUUGGCUUCAAUAUGAAUAAUGAGUCGGAAAAGUGUAUUAAAAUACCUAUUGUUCUGA